CGAAAACCCGCAAUGUCACCAACGACCACAGCAACAGAGGCUCCGAAAGUCAAGCCGCCAGAAACGCCAAUUGAACAUCUUAGCAAUGACACGGCAAAGCUCUACACGCACAUCCACCCCAUCCUUAUACUCUCUCUCUACGCCUUCCAAUUCAAAUCCAUCGUUGCAGACCCAGUUCCCGCGCUCCUGAACACGCUUGUUCCCCUUGGCAUACUACAGAUUACUUAUGUAGCUGUGUGUCUGCCGCCCAUUGGAAGUGAUGUUGCGCCUGCUGCAGAGAAGCGGAAACCAGGGGAGAAGAAGAAAAUAGCGCCUGGGAAACUAGUGAGCGGUCUGAACGGCAAGAUUAUUCCAGCUUUCAUCUCCCUCCUUGUCUCGACCCUCGCCGCUACUCCCCUCCUCAUGCUCACCCUGAUCUUCUUUGGGGCGCCGAUUACAACGCACCACGCUCAUACUUUGCUUUGCGCAGCGCAUAUCUCCCUCCUUGCUACCCUGCCUUUGAUCUACGUACAUGGAGUGGAUGGGGAGAGGUGGAGGGAGAUUGUAGCCUGCCUGUUGCCAAUUGAUGAGGUUUACGGAUGUCUGAUUGGUACUGUGUUGGGCGCCUGGUUAGGCGCUGUGCCAAUACCGUUAGAUUGGGAUCGCGAGUGGCAGAAAUGGCCAGUUACUAUUGUCACCGGAGCAUAUUUGGGGUUUGUUGUUGGAAAGCUGGCAGGUGGCACAUUCCUGAAAGGAAAGCAGAUGAAGUUUGAGUAAGUGGAUUCUAAUAGAAUAAGUUUGUUUCUUCGUCGAAGAAAUUGGGUAGCAACAUAUCUGGG